AUGGAAAGAGAACAGAAGGAGGAGGAAGGAGAAUCAUCGAAGCGUGCCAUCAAUAUCGAAGUUCGUCUUGUUUCAUGGAAUAUUUCAUAUGAAAAAUUAGCAAAUGUUGAUGAAAAAGGUGUGAUUCUUGUUUGGAUUGAACAUGAUAAUCGUUGGUCAUUAGAAUUAAUUAAUGAUCGUAAUCAUCCAGUUAUUGAUAUGUCAUGGUCACAUGAUGGACUUAUGACUGUUAUUUGUUAUGAAGAUGGUUUUAUACUUACUGAUCCAGUUACUGGACAACGUUAUUGGUCAACUCUUUAA